GCAAGGCAGCCAGGGCUGCGGCCGCACGAGCCCGCCGAGCCUGAGCGACCAGGUAGCGGUUCCAGCGCCAGGACUGCGCCAGAUCUGCAAGCCAGGGACGCCAGCGCCACCGUGCCGGCGUCGCCUCCUCGCCACGGAGAGCCGUGGUGUGCGGUGCGCGCACGCUAGGAGCGGGACUCUGAGCCACGGCCACGCCGCGCGCCCACACUUCCCCUCUCCGCGCUUCUCCGCUGACCUUCCCGGUGGGCCAUGAAGCUUUGGUCCGGAGACUCUGGCCUCUGAGCGGCGCGCCGCCUGCUCCAGCCUCAGCGCCGCUCACCCAAAGACAGCACUCGGCCUCUGAAGCCCCCCAUCUUCACCCAGGGAGGGCACCCAGGCGCUCCGGGAUGGCGCUCCCAGGCCCCCUCCGGCCGCACAAACUUCGCGGGAGGCGAGAGAUGCUGCCGCAGCAAGUUGGCUUCGUGUGUGCGGUGCUGGCUCUGGUGUGCUGUGCAACCAGCCUCUUCGGCAGCUUGGGGCACAGACCUGCUUCUGCAAGCAGACAUCUAUCAGACACGUGGAGGAACAGGAAGCUGAUGGCACCGGUGAACGGGACGCAGGCCGCCAAGAACUGCACAGACCCUGCCAUCCACGAGUUCCCCACAGACCUGUUCUCCAACCAGGAGCGACAGCACGGAGCUGUCCUGCUGCACGUCCUGGGUGCUCUCUACAUGUUCUACGCCCUGGCCAUAGUGUGCGACGACUUCUUCGUUCCCUCUCUCGAGAAGAUCUGUGAGAAACUCCACCUGAGUGAAGACGUGGCUGGAGCCACCUUCAUGGCCGCAGGAAGCUCGACGCCCGAGCUGUUCGCUUCGAUUAUCGGCGUGUUCAUCACCCACGGAGACGUCGGGGUCGGCACCAUCGUGGGCUCCGCCGUGUUCAACAUCCUGUGUAUAAUCGGAGUUUGUGGAUUAUUCGCGGGCCAGGUGGUCCGGCUGACGUGGUGGGCCGUGUGCCGGGACUCCGUGUACUACACCCUCUCUGUCGUCGUGCUGAUCGCCUUCAUCUAUGAUGAAGAGAUCGUGUGGUGGGAGGCCCUGGUGCUCAUCAUCCUGUACAUAUUUUACAUCCUGAUCAUGAAGUACAAUGUGAAGAUGCAGGCCUUCUUCACCAUCAAGCAGAAGACCGUUGCCAACGGCAACACGGUCAGCAGUGAGCUGGAGGACGGUAAUGAUUGCUGCGAUAGCAGCUCUGACGACCCUUCCGUGCCGUUGCUGGGGCGAGUGAAGGAGGAGCCCCAGUACGGCAAAAACCCAGUGGUGAUGGUGGACGAGGUCAUGAGCUCCAGCCCCCCCAAGUUCAGCUUCCCGGAGGCGGGCUUACGCAUAAUGAUCACCAACAAGUUCGGGCCCAGGACCCGACUGCGGAUGGCCAGCAGGAUCAUCAUCAACGAGAGGCAGAGGCUGAUCAACUCAGCGAACGGGGUCGGCAGAAAGCCGCUCCAAAACGGGAGGCCCGAAAACAUCAAAAACGGGAACAUUCCCCUGGAAAACCCAGACGGCGACCCUCAGCGGGAGCAGGAACAGCAGCCCCCACCCCCGCCGCCUCCCCCAGAGCCGGAGCCCGUCGAGACUGCCUUCCUGUCCCCCUUCUCCAUGCCUGAGGCAAGAGGGGACAAAGCCAAGUGGGUGUUCACCUGGCCACUCAUCUUCCUCCUGUGCAUCACCAUCCCCAACUGCAGCAAGCCCCGCUGGGAGAAGUUCUUCAUGGUCACCUUCAUCACGGCCACGCUGUGGAUCGCCGUCUUCUCCUACCUGAUGGUGUGGCUGGUGACGAUCAUCGGGUACACGUUUGGAAUCCCCGACGUCAUCAUGGGCAUUACCUUCCUGGCGGCAGGCACGAGCGUUCCAGACUGCAUGGCCAGCCUGAUCGUGGCGCGACAAGGCCUUGGCGACAUGGCGGUCUCUAACACCAUAGGCAGCAACGUGUUUGACAUCCUAGUGGGACUCGGCAUACCAUGGGGUCUGCAGACCAUGGUCAUCAGCUACGGAUCCACGGUGAAGAUCAACAGCCGGGGCCUGGUCUACUCCGUGGUGCUGCUGCUGGGCUCUGUGGCGCUCACCGUGCUCGGCAUCCACCUGAACAAGUGGAGGCUGGACCGCAAGCUGGGCGUCUACGUGCUGGUCCUCUACGCCGUGUUCCUGUGCUUCUCCAUCAUGAUCGAGUUCAACGUCUUCACCUUCGUCAACUUGCCCAUGUGCCAGGAGGACGACUAGAGCCGAGCCGCCGCCCCGCGGGGGGCCGUCCUGGUCACCCUGGCACCGGCAUCCUCCCCGCUCGCCCCUCCCACCGUGAGCCUCCUGCAGCGGCCGACACUGUCCCUUCUGUCGUACACUGGAAGGAAGAGCCAUCCGGGUCUCUGGCCGUGGGCCAGGCUGCUGGGCGUCCUCCUCCUCCUCCUUGGAGUCCUGCCCGCCAAAAGGCAAGGUUCGGGGGGCGGGGCCACUAUUCGAGCGGCUUUGCAGACCCCUGAGCUGCCAGUCCCAGGGAUGUGGCGUGUGCCUCGGCUCUCUCGGACCCUUUGGUCAGGAGGACUUCCACGCGCAGCUUGUCCUUCCGUGUCGCAGCAGCACCCUCAGAGGAAGGCGGUCCCUGGAUGUGGGGUCUCCUGGUGCGAGUGCAGCACAGGGGUGCUGUCUCCUCUGGGCCCGAGGGUGAGUGCCGCGGGCGGCCGCGCCGCGCAGACCCCCGACCUCUGCCGCGGCGCUCACGGUUUGGAAGGGGCAGGGCCUCCACCUGCUGGGGGUGUGGGGCCGUGGCAUCCCCGCCCUUUUUCCGGCAAAACUGGAAGAAUGGAAACAGUUCUUCAGUUUUUUUACAGCAGAAGAGAGAAAAAAGAAUACUCCUCUCAUUUUUAUUGAUGCAUUCAGAGAAUGAGCAAUGAAAUAUUAAAAAUAAAAUGUCAUCUAGAUCAUCAUA